AUGAAUAAGAAAGUGUGUGAAAGGUUCAAGAAUGUUUGGACGAAUUUUACAUAUGAAUCGAGUAAUAAAAACUAUCAAAUUAAAAAUGAUAAUGAUUUCAAACAGUAUUGUAGUAAUCAAAAUUGUGUUAAUGAGCUCGAAAAAAUUAGUGCUGGAUGUUUAUAUUUGUUUAAUGAAUUCUUUAAGGAUUCUUCUGUCUUUAAUUCUGUUGCAAAAAGUAACAUCGAUAUUGUUGAAUACAUUAUUAUAUGGUUAAGUUAUAUGUUAAACCUAAAACCACCAGGAUCUAAGAGCAAUUUAAAACAUUUUUAUGACACAAAUAUAAAUAAUGAUAAGUAUACAAAGUCUAUAGACAAUGUUGAAGGCUGUAGUAAUUAUAAGGAACUUAUAGAUAAAACAAAUCUGAUGAAUAUGGAUAUUAAAGAUAUAUCUAAAUUUUAUGAAGUAUUUAAAUUAUUAUGUGAAAUGUAUACUGAAUUUGAUGAAAACACGUCAGAUUGCGCGAAAUAUAUAGCAAAAUCUAAUGAUUUGUUUGCAAAAUAUGAAAAACUUAAGAUCGAUUCUAAUAUUACUAAUAAUAAUCUUGGUUGUAAAUUAUUGUCUACGCUGUCAAAUGAUUAUAAUAAUUUUAAAAUGAAAUGUAAAGAUAGUUCAUCCUUUCCAACAAUAGAAAAAAAACAAACUUCUGCACAAUUUUCUGAAGAUACAUCAUCAAGUUCGUCGAUAGUAAGCAAAUCGGUUCUAUUUUUAUCGGUAUUAGUUGCAAUAGCUAUUUUUUUAGGAAUUUCUUAUAAGUAUUCGUUAUUUGGACGUCGGAAACGAGCUCAAAAACAAUAUUUAAGAGAAAAAAUAAAAAAUAUAAAGAAGAGAAUGAAUCAUUAA